AUGGCGCUCUUCGAUAAAGUCUUCCUACAGCUCGCAGAAAGUAUUUUGGAUAAAGUUUACUUUAAGAGUGAGCCCUUUAAUCUUGUGAAACUUGAAGACUGGUUGGUUCUACGUCUGGUAUCUGAGCUUAAGAAGGAGAAGGAUUUCUUUCCUACGGUUGAGGAGUUGGAAACUUUACUGAGACGCGAUUUUACCAUAAAGGCCAUCAAUGCUUUUAUGCUAUACUCCUCGAUCGUCUUCCCUGCCUUACUUGAUAAGCUUACUGAGGCAUCUGAAGAUGUUAAGCGAGCCUACCGUCUCGGGAAGUUUGUUGCAAUAAGGCAGAUUCAGGAUGCAGCAGAAUAUAACAUCUUUGUGACCGGUUUUGGCGAUAGACUUCGGGCAAGUCGCUUUCGUUUUCCUCCUCCUUCUGCACCGGUUGCUCCUGUGGAUGAUUGGUUCCAUUCUGUUGAACAGGUUGAGCGGGAUGCUCCUGCCACCACUUCUUAUGAUGCUCUGUUUUUGCCUUCUUCGGAACCGAGUCAAUCUUUCCGUUACAAGAAGAUGAUGUCAGAGUUUGACUUGGCUGCUACUUUGAGAGGAGUGGAUAAGGUACCAUUAACAAAAACACCACUUACUGGAUUCGGUGAUGAUCGUUCUUUCUCGGCUUUUAAGGUUGAGAUAACUGAGACUGUUCGUAGAUGA